GCGAUUCUCACGGUCAAUCGGGAUCGGGAAGUUCAGGCUAUUAUACCUCACGUCAAGGUCAAGGUCAGCGUCCAGAAGCUGCUUCACGUCAGGUCAACCUCCACAAGCUGGCGCUGCAUACAGAUAGAGCUCCUACAGGACCAACAUCAUCCACCAUCAAUACAGGCGUUCCUGUGAUUCUGACUCGUCCACGACGUCCGCCUAGUACAAGUGUUUCUACUGGAAAGAACAGAAGGGGCUGCACUGGCUUGAGAUGCACGUCUCGUCCUAGACGUCCUCGUAUGGAUUCCCGCUAUGCAAAAAGUCAGUCGAGACGGGAUGUAGACUUUAGAGCUGACACACGAAAAAGUCGUCGUGCUCGACAUCAUAGACACUCAGAUUCAGAUUCCUAUUUCGGUCAGUCUGGUGACUCAUCGUCUGAAUGUGAGCCGCGCCAUUUUUUGCAUUUCACUCGCAAAGAAGAAUUCUUCCGCAACGAGGACUCAAGGACAAGGAGAUAUGCGACGCAUCACAAUUCUAGACAUGCGCACAAAAGUGCUAAGCGCACAAGGGCAGACUCGUCAAGACGACGUGGCGACUCGAGCAAAACGAAAAGUCGCCGCCGCAAUGAUUCCAGAGCAGACCGACAUGGAAAACAGAGCCACUAUGAUCAUAAUACGUCUUCCUUGCAAUCGCGAGAUGUCUACCAGAAGUUUUCGCGUGGUCCAGAUAAUCACUCGAGCAGGAGCCGCAAAGUAAAGCAACACAAGAAUCCUACACGACGAUUUCAUUUUGAACAAGGCCAUGCGCGCCAACUUCAACAUGGUGGCCCUACUUCGCGUGGUAAUCGUCCUGAUUGCUUCUCCAGCGUGCAACUUCCUCUCCCUCAGAGUCCCGACUUUUGGGAGCAUGCUAUCAAUUUUCUGUGUCAGCACCGCAGUUGCCCAGAAUUGAAUAACGCCACACAUUCGAUGAUGUGUGGCGGGAUGCCGCUACCCUUCGUCGUAGGCAGUCGCGGACACCCAGUUAGAUUGCCUCCCAUGCUAGCUUUCGACACACCGGAAAAGCGAGCAGCAUUGAGGGGACUCGUGGCUGCCAUCUACGAGCGCAACCCGCGCGAAACGCUUCCUCUGGUGGAGUUUGGAGUGCGAGGCGCCUCAGGCGGGCUGUUCAAGUACAUCGAGGACAUCGACAUUCUACUCAAGGACGGGCAAUUGAUGGAGCUAGCAACUCGCACCGAAGGAGCGGGAUUUCUAACCGCUCAAGACAUCAAAAAGCUCGAAAACUUUUGCACCGAGAACGAUGGAGAGGACGACGCGGAGACGAUCAGAGGAAUUUCAGCAAAGGUUGACGCAGUUAUGCGAACCGUUGAAAAGAAGACUUUAAGAAGCUUGAUGCCAGCGCGUGUUCGGUCGCUGAAGGGCUUGUGGGAUGAGGACCAUCGGAACAUGGGAAAAGCAUGCACGGAACUCCUAGUCUUCAGCAGUUCUGGGUACUUAAUACUAUUAACACUCAUAACAUCUAUAAGAAAGUGAUUAGAGCUUCUAUUUAAGCACUUUUUUGGAAAUAAGUCGAGUGUAUCUCUAUGAUUUAUUGGUGAGCAUGCUGAUCGUUCUUUAUUUCUCCAUCAAGCAAUUCUCAGGUAUGCCGUACGCUAUCGACAGUGGAAAAUUUCGCUGCAUCUCAUCUGGCCUGAGUUGCGCGUUGGAGAGGAGGUGAGCGUCCGCAUUCGAGAGCGACUGAUGAACGACCUGGAAAGGUCGCACGACAGAGGCGUCGACUGGUUCAAGAAGUGUUUCUUCCAUCCGGACACACAGCAGAGCUUCGAAGAUAUCUUUGACAAAUCCUGUGUCCGUGGCGCCUCGUUGCGCAUGGCGUACUGUGAUAAAUUUACCCGAAAGGAUCGCGACGACAAAGAGUUCAACAAAGUCGAAGGACGGCCCAAAAUUCCGAUCUACCAUUGUAAGAUCGACUUUCUGGCUAUGGAUCGCGACGACAAACAGUGUCUAGAAAGUCUGACGCCGGCUGAGGAGAAGUUUACGCCCAUCCAAUGGCUCGAGCACUCUCAGGUUGCGCUUUUGGAAGGAAAAGACGGAGCGCCCCUAACUCCAUCGAACAUCCUGGCUCAGCAUCACAGUCCGAGCAUGGCGCCCUUGGGGGCACCGCCACCAACGAACAAAGGUCGAGGACGCGCACGUGCGCGCACCACUCGCGGAUCAGGCGGUGGAAAGGGAAAAAAGCGCAAGCCUGGAAAAGGAGGCGCUGCCGGUCAACAGCGUGCGCCCGUGGUUCUGACCCCGGCACCUGGUGCAAGGAACAGGUCCGUAUAUGGUAUUGGAAACGGCUCUGCUGCUUCCUCUACUUCUGGUGUACUAGGUGCUAAUGCUUAUUUUUCCGGUGGUGGCACAGGCACAUACGCGUCGUCGAAAUCGAACCAAGCACCCAGUAAUCCGAACCUGAUCUCGUUGCCAUCUUCACGAUCUCCUGUGCCUUCCGUUCCGAGCCCUGGCACUGCUGACGCACGUCCUCUGGCGUUCGAACGCAUGCUCUCCAAGGAAGACAUUCUCGAGGCCUGGAAGCCGACAAACCCAGUGGUGAAAAAGGAACGGGAGCUCCUCAAUUCGGACACUCUGCAUUGCGGCUUCGUUUUGCAUGUGGACGGAUCCCGAGAUGUCUUCUUGAAUAAGGUGGCAGUCGGGGUUGUGUUGCGUUUCGGACAUUUCGUCUACGUUGGCGACAGCAAUCUGGAGAUGUUAGCCAAUGGCACGCAUACUGUGUUUCAAGGUGGCUUUCUCUUUCGCGGCCAGGAAAUCGAAGGUGACCACGAAGCUGCCGCCGCGUCAGUUGGCCUAUCCGUUCUGCGUCACUACUUGGAAAACUUGAAAGCGUCGCUUCUUGCCUCAGAAAGUUCUGCCUGUAACCACCUCAGAAAAAUCACAACGGACGAGCUAGUUCGCGGUAACGAAAUCUGUCUGGUCGCUGACAGUCGCGUGCCCAUGUUUGCACUAGAAAACAAAACCAAAAAACUUGCUGCGAAGCAAGUCCAGCUGCUGCAAAAGCAGCGCGCUUCUUUGUUAAGGCUUCUACAGGAAAUCCAUCUGCACACCAGGCAUCCUGCUGCUCCCGUUUUAUUUUUACAGGAGAAAGGGGCGCCAAGAUGCUGCUGAAGAUGGAUUUCCCUUCGACGUUCUAAGUUUGGAACGCGAUUUCACAAACCCAGAGGCUGCAGCCCGCAUGCUCCUACGUUGGGUCCGACGUGAUAACAACAAGGACGCCGAUAGAUGCGCAAAGCACGCUUUGAACGAAAAGGCUUACUGGGCUUUGCCUCCCGAAAUCGAGAAGCUUGUUCUGGAUAGCUUGACGUAAGUACGACUCAACUGGAAACCUAGUACGGAAUUCAACGAGAAUUUUUCAUAUUUAGUUAGUAG